UGCCGGGCUGGUGAUGUAUUUCCCUGUCAGAAGCACAGGUGGCAGCAUUGCAUCUGCAGACUCCUGCGCGCGAUGGAGAAGAAGCGCGUGGAAUAUUUUCAAUUCUUCUCAUGUCAGGCGCCCAGUGAACUUGACAACCAUUAAAAUCCCAGUGAAGGACCAACCAAAAAUCUCGUACAGUUAUUUGACCUGCUGUUCCAUAUAAUAACGGAUAUAUCUUGCCGGAUCAUGCAUCCUAUAGAGGUGUCAAUCCCGUCUUUUCGGUCGGAGGGCAGUAACGUGGAGAAGGGCUACACGGUUUUUAAGAUCGAGGUGCUCAUGUGUGGUAGACAGCAUACUGUCGAGAAACGAUACAGUGAAUUUCACGCUCUGCAUAAAAUGCUUAAAAAGAUCAUUAAACCUCCAGAAAUCCCUUCGAAGCAUGUGAGGAACUGGGUGCCGAAGGUUCUUGAGCAGAGGAGACAGGGACUCGAGCUCUAUCUCCAGACUAUAAUCAUGGAAAAUGAGGUUCUUCCAAAGAUAUUCUUGGAUUUCCUCAAUAUCCGCCAUUUCCCGUCACUGCCAAAAACUGAGAGUUGUGGGUCAUUUGAAACUGAAUCAGAGGAAUCAAGUAAACUGACACAUCAGCCAGCACUUCUCUUCCUGAGGGAUCCCUAUCUGCUGCCUACCACCAACGAUACGUUUUCUAAUAUGGUUAUUGAAGGUGUGAUACGUGGAAUAUUUUACCCAGACUUCCAGACGAGUUAGAUCGCAGCACUACAGACGACGUCAUGUCAAGUUCACAGAUAAAAAGGGAUUCAUAUUACCAACACUAAAUCACGCAGCACCAGUUUAACAGACUCAGCCUUAAGACUGUAGUUUGGCAUCAGCACUCCAUGAGAUUCUGGUUUGUUUUUGUGUUCUGUUUUUGCACGAAUUGAGAUUUUAGUUUUACACAAAGUAAACAUUCAUAUGUCAAAUCAAGGUCUCAUUUAAUAUCAGAUGUACCUCCGCAUAUAUUUGCACAUCUCUCCUCGUGUCAUAUAUGAGGUCAGAAGGAUCCACUGACUGCGUGUUUCUCCAAGUGAGGUGACUUAUGAAAUAAGGAAAUUGUUGGAAGAGCCUUGAACCUUUUCAUUAUGUACUGAAUUAUUGUAUGACCGUUAUUGUGUUUCUUUGUUUUUGAUGUGGCAAUUAUCGAUUACCAGCCUUGGCUUAUAAUUAGCAAAAAGGGAAGUACUAAAUGAACCAAACUGGUAAAGCCAGUUUAAAUGUCUUAUGUUACAGCCCGAAACUGUGAAAGAGAGCUGUUGUUAAAAGUACAAAACCUAGCGUUCUCCACUGCUAACCUGCAGCUAAGUAAACCAUUUUCAGUGGACUACCUUCUUUGAAAAUGCAGUUUAGUCUGGACUAAUAUUAGUCUAAUAUUUUUAGGAACUUCACUGUGUAGUAUGAGUGCAUGAACACUAGUUGUAAAAGCUUUUCACUACAGUUGGAAAUAGUAAUGGAGAAGAUAAUGCAGUUUGAGAAGUUUAACCUGUCUAAAUGUUAUAAAGGAUUUGUCAUGUACCAUUUCAAGCAGUUCUCUAUCUUAAUUCUGCGUAUGGACAAUGUGCCAUUCCAUUAUGUGUGUUUUAUUGUUGACACUUUGGAUUGACUCAUGCACUUUAACAAGGGUGAAAAGAUCAGUUGUGACUGAAUAUCAUUUUAAACCUGACAGCAAUAAAACAUCACAUUUAUUCA